AUGGGAUACUCUGAAGUCUGUUGCCAUUUAUGCGGCGUCAGCUUCAAUAUCGGACGUCUACGCACCCCUGAAGAAGUUCAAAACCCACCCGCUUUGUCACCUGACCUGCUUCUCGACUUGGCACGAUACACCGAAAUCGCCCUUUACAGCUCGAACCGAUGCCGUCGUAUGGACGGUUGCAUGAUUCUCAAGGAUAUAUCACUCAAGAUCCCGACCGAAAACGCAGAAGAAUACGAAGGAGAACACCUUCCAGGCCUAAAUUGCAUUCACGGGGGAGGCUACCAGGGCCGUUCCAUCUCUGUGCAGGAGAUGCACGGCUGCUGUACCGUACAAUGCCUCAUGCCCAAGCUCAGCUAUUGGCAGCCCGAAAUCGACGAUCAAGAAUUCGAGAAAACUGAGGAUUUCUUCCUAACUGGUCUCUCCGAUUUUAUGCCUUCGAGGGACGCUGACUAUCCCACUAUGUUUCCUGUGCGCCACAAAUGCCAAAGACCCCUCACAGAUAACUUUUUCUGGUCUGCGGAUGAGGAGCGUAUGACGGGAAUGCCGUUCCAUCCUGCCUGUCUAGAGCUUUACAAGCGUGCUUCGUUGCACAGGUCUGGGAAAGUCGACGUUCAAGGCUUGAUGGACUGGUUCUGCCUUGAGGCAAAAUACGAGAUUUACAAGUCCUUCCCACGUUCCGAAGCCGUCAAACGAGCAGAAGGGCAGUGGUGGGUGCACAGGGAAGGGGAUGAGCACCUUGCAGCCAACCCGUGCUUUGUGCCCAGUCUGCAGAAAAUCUUGAGGAUUCGCACAAGGAACUUGGCCGAUGAUGAAGACUGGUGCUGCAACGUCUAUGGUGUUGAGGCCACAGCCUCUUUCUCAUCCAAAGCAAAUGAAAAGUUUGCCGAGUAA